GCCUGUCUGCAAGUGUCUGCCAAAGAAUGAUGACCGAAGGUGGAACUCCGCAUAACCGGCGCGCUUGGAGACUCAUAUUAACUAGACAUACAACUGAGCUGCAAGAAAGCCAACAGGCGCUCAAAAGUGCUGCAAACUUCUGUCAUGUCUUAGCAAGGUGCAGAAAAUCAAAUCACGGAAUUAGUUUGAAACGACUUUAGCUUACUGAAAGUCAGGUCCUUCACUGGUUGUAUGCCCCUCAAGAACCGUUAGUGCAAUUACUAGAGUGGCAGGGCGAGCGAGCGAGGGCAAGAGAAGAGCGUGAGAUGUCCUCUCGCUGGCGCCUCCUGCUGGCAUUAGGGCUGUACUCGGUGUUGGCUCAGCUGGGUCAGGUGCAGGGCUGUCCGGACAAUUGUAAGACAUGCUCCGGACCAGGACACGAUCUGUGUUUGGAAUGCACAGCAGGCUGGACUAUCCACGAUAACACCUGUGUAGACGUUGAUGAAUGUGGUACAGAGCUGGAACGGUGUCCCACCAACACCUACUGCCUUAACACCCAGGGCACUUAUGAGUGCCGAGGUUGUGACCCUGCGUGUGUGGGCUGUAUGGGCGGAGGGUCCGCCCGCUGCAGAAGCUGUGCCUCUGGAUACAGACUUACAGGAGCUAAGUGUCUAGACAUAGAUGAGUGUGCUGAGAGGGUGCUGGCUUGCCCAGGACUCGAUGAGAUUUGCACCAACAUAGAGGGUUCCUUCAGCUGUGACUGUGCUGAGGGACUCACCCGAAAAAACAAUGUCUGUGUUCAAAAGCGAAGGCCCAGUGACCAUGAGAGAAGUUUGUUUGAGGACAUCCAGGAGGAGGAAGUGGAGGUUCUACAGCAGAUGAUCUUUGGUGUGCUGCUCUGUGCACUGGCCACUCUGGCUGCCAAGGGUGACAUGGUGUUCACCUCCAUCUUCAUGGGGGGCGUGGCGGCCAUGGCUGGGUACUGGCUCUCGGACAGGGGAGAACGUGCAAUGGGACGUUUUCUGAAAAGGCCCUAAGCUAAAAGGCCAUUUUUGUAUCUUUGUUGGUGAAAUGGAAUGCUAGGUGGCCAUUUCGACACGAUAAUCACACUUGCAUAGGCAGUCUUAGGUUUUUAUCGGGUGUGAUUUGUAUCAAGGUCGAUACAGUUUAUUCUGUAUGGGUCCAGUUUUGUUCAAUUUGUUAACCAAAUUGAUUUUUUUUGUUUUUAUUUUGCAUGUCCUGAAAUGUUUAUGGUUGCACACGACACCACAGUCUGCACACAGUGUGACCGUUUUGAUGAAAGGUGGUGCACAUGUAGCCUAGCACAGAUGCAGUCUCUAGUGCCUGACCUGUAAAACCACAUAUACAAUAAAAUAUGCAGAAUUGUUAAAGAUAUAUUAUUGGCCUUUAUUAGAUAGAGACAGUUGAGUAAACAGGAAAUGUAGGGGGAGAGACACGCAGAAAUGACCGGAGCUGGAUUCGGACCGGGGUCGUUGCAUCAUGGUCUCAGCUCACAUGAGCUACGGUGGCACCCACAAUCAAAUCUAUAUUUUUAAAACUUAAAAAUAUCUACAACAAAGGCCAUCGGUUUAAGUAGCUUGUUCAUAAGAAUCUACAAGGUUUGAGGA